GCUGGAUUAACUGGCUGUCAUUCAGAGGAAACUUGACAGAUCUAUUUUGCUUUCGUUGAAACUCUUUACUGCACGUCGUAAGGAUUUCCUGGAUCCAGAAGUUGCACUGAAGGCAACUGAGCAGCACAAAAAUGUGACUUUGACAAUAGGCUCCGAGCUUUCUGCUGAAGAGUUUCUUACUGAUCAGUUUGUAAUUUAAGCCUAUAACUGAAGCAUGUACAAUAGUUAGUUAAUCUGAUAGGGGAAAAAGGCUUUCUCGUUACCUACAGCUGCCAAAAAGGCAGUCACUGGAAACUUCAGAAUGAGUGCUCCAUUAAUCCCAAACAAGUCAUGUUACUCCCAGCUUCAGGACAACCGCAGUGAAAUAAAAAAUAAUAAUGAAAGCACAGUGAGCGUGGGGGAUAGCAAUGCCAACCAAAUUGUGACAAAAGUUGGAACCACGGAAGGAGAUAUCAAGAAACAGGGUUUGAUAGAUGAGGGUGGAAAUGUACACUCCAGAGGAUCAGAGAGAGUUACUUGUCUGGAUAUAGAACAGAAUAAACAGGUGUUCAGAGACUCUCGGACCUGUAGCACCAGUGUACAGGAAAGUAAGCUGCCCUCAACCACAAGCAGGGAAAUAGGGAAGGACAGCAGGACCAGCGAAGUUAGGGAUAUGGCAAGACAUAUCAGGAUUAGCCGAGGACAAAGUCUGUCCAAUUUAAAAAGCAGCACAAAUGAUGCUAACCUGGAGAUAAUUUCCAAAGGUGAUGUUGACUUCACCCAGAAUUUUCCUAAGAGUAAAAUGUCCAAGACUGUGGAGAUGGAACGAAUAAAAAGGCUGUCUUUGGGCAGACCCAGUAAAUUUUCUCCUCAAUCUGAAACACUUACGAAAGAAUGUGUUGGCCGCGUGUCUUGUAAACGUCUGCUUUCCGCAUCACUGGAUUCCAUUGACAGGUCACACCAUUUGAUUGGAAAUACAGAGAAAUCACAAAAAACUUCCACAGAUCAUUUUCUCGGGAUGGUGUUUCAUCCACUCGACAAUACCUCAGAGGAAAAUACUGUCUUUUAUUCUAAACCAUCUACCUCAGGGAACAAGAAAAUAAGUAAACCAGAAAAUGUACCAAAUGUUAACACUGAAAGCACACUGCAUACUUCUCAUACCAAUCAUCAUUCAGCUGUUAAGCCCAGUGAGAUUGCUAGUAAAUCAGAAGCGCAAUUAAGUCAGGGUGAUAAAAGUAAGAAACUGGAGCUUAAGGCUGCACCAUCCCUACAGUCUAAAAACACAUGUCAACAAAAGAUUGAGAGAAUUAUGGUUGUAGAGUUUCUGGGAUGUAAAAAAGAUGGAAGUAGAACAGUGAAAGAACAGAAAGAGUCUGGAUCUGACGCAUCAACAUUUCAAACAUCCCAUUUUCAAGACAUCUGCGAUAAAGCAGAGGAUCCCUUGUCAAAUCAGGCUGUAACCUAUUCUGACAACAAAUUACAGACUGAUAACUUCACCAACCAUGGGGAAGGACGAGGAGGCCAUGACAGUGACAGUGGAGCAGUGACCCAGGUUAGUGAGGACGACAGAGAAGUGGAAACGGUAUUCCCACUCACCUGCAAUGGUAAUUUCAGUAGCAAAGUGACACCUAGAAAAAAUGAAAAUUUACGUGAAGCUGAUGCGGGUUGUACUGGAACAGUUGGUGAACAGGUAUCUCUUAUACAUAACAUGAAUCUACCUGACAGCAAACCCUUGCAAGUUAAUGAGAAUAAACUGAUGCUGGCCAAAGGUAGCACUGAGGAUGCUGCUGUGCCUGCUUCUGAUCUCUCUGAACAAGACAGAGCAUGCAGUGCAGAGACAGUGUCAAACCAACAGCCUGACAACCACGUCAGUGAUGUGGAAAACUUCUCAGUUCCAAGUAAAAAGACAGCUCCUGCACAGAAACAUCCUCCAGAAGAAGCAUCAGAGAGCUCUAAGGUUUCAGCAAAGGCUGAAACUUUUUUAUGUGUUCCAACUCAUAUGCGCCCGGUGGCAGUGCUGGAUGUUAACAGUCAGCCCACUCUAUCAAACAGUAAUUUGAAGGACAUUUAUGCACUUCCCGUUGACAAACUGUCACCCUCCUCAGUCCUACCUCCUGUUGACAGUACACAGUUGAUGAACAUAUCUCCCAAAGUGCCUAUAAAGACUGCCAGCAGCAGCGCAAUCCCCAAACCUAUCCUGGUCCACUCCAAGGGCUCCCUUGCAGAUAAGGUGGAUGUGGACAGUGACUGCAGUGAGAAACUGGAAGAAAGCAUGGAGGUGAAACCUGCCAUACCCAAGCCCAAACCUGUGAGACCUAAAAUCAUCACAUACAUCAGAAGAAACCCGCGUUCAAUAGAGCAACUUGACCCUUCAUUUGCACCAGCAGGGCUGCCGUACGGUACAGCAGCAUGCCCAGUGCCCAUCUCCACAGAGCAGAAGGCAUCCGGUGGAGGGGAGGGCAAGGCACCCGGCAUCCUGUAUGACAAAUUUAAACCUGACCUCCAGAAGCCAAGGCUCUUCAGUUCUGGACUGGUGGUGUCAGGAAUUAGACCCCCAGGUCAUCACUUUGGUCCAAUGGGUGAGAAGUUUCUGCAGGAGGUUGGGGAAAGGCCUGCAAAAGACGAAUUUUGUCCUCCACCGUAUACUCACUACGAGGUCCCACCAAGUUUUUAUCGGUCUGCCAUGAUACUUAAGCCACAGUUAGGACUGGGUGCAGUCUCCAGGUUACCGUCUGCCAAAAGCAGGAUCCUCAUUGCAAGUCAAAGAUCCUCAGGAGCCUGUCUUCAUCAGCAAGGAGAAAUAGCGAGUGCUCCCAGCCUCUAUCAUCCUGAUGCUUCAGUUGAUCUUAAGAAAGUCCCGUGUCCAAAUGCUGCAAAGUCAAAUCUCCCCAAGCCGUGUCCGUCUGCACUUCGCCCUCCAGGUUACUCACGAUUGCCAGCAGCCAAGCUGGCAGCAUUUGGUUUUGUCAGGAGCUCAAGUGUAUCCUCCGUCUCCAGCAACCAGUCAAAUGACAGCGCUCAGAGUGAUCAAAGCAGGACAGCCAACCGUGAGUCUAUAAAUUGGCUUUCUUUUUGGGGCGUAUAAAAAGGAUUGUCCAGACUGGA